AUGUUUCUGUUUCUCCGCUUGACAUCGGCACUGCUGGUGAUGCUCUGCUGCUUGUCGGCUUGGUCGGAUGCCAGCGCACUACAACCAAGACGGCCAGCCCAAGAGGCAUGCAGGAUCGUCAAUCUCCUAGCGUAUUGCGGUAGAGUCGGUCUGCAAGAAGUGCCAUCCGGCUUACCUGUCGACCUGAUAUCGUUGGACUUGACCGGCAAUUCGUUUACCCAGAUCAACCCUCAACAUUUUGACUCAUUGACUAGCUUGACAGAUCUCAUCCUAGAUCAGAACUCCCUAACGACCAUCCCGCCGAAAGCGUUCGCCAAACUAACUAGUCUUGAGAGGCUGAACCUGAACAAUAAUAACAUAAGCCGUAUUGCUGCAGAUGCAUUCAACCUAGACACCGGCUCGCUGCCCCUUACAACUUUGCAAUUGCAAAGCAACUUGUUGACUGCGCUACCCGCCCAGUUUUGGACCGAUUUGGACAUGCUAAAAAACCUCCAUCUCGACAAGAACAGGAUCACCGACAUCUCUGCUCUGAAUCUUGUCUCUGCAACUCUGCUGUACCUAUCUCUGGCUUAUAAUCAAAUAACAACUCUUCCGGAAGGAUAUCCUUUUGAAAAAGUACCCAAGAUGGAGGCACUGAGAUUAGAUAACAACCAAAUGGUAUCCUUUCCUCAACAAGGCCUACAUUUUGCUUUGAAGUUAAAGCUUCUGAAUGUCUCCCACAAUAAAUUUUCGGUCGUAUCUGAAUUUUAUCCUCAGACUAAUACGUUGCUAACCUUGGAUGUGUCACACAAUUUCUUCACGUCUUUCCCUAAGGCAAUCCACUUGCCUAAUUUAUUGCGCUUAAACCUGUCUAGCAAUCCUAUUGCCACGGUCGGAGCCGACGACUUGUCCCAAAAGACUGAAAAGAUCCAAGAGCUGUCUCUGCGGAAAUGCAAUAUAUCAACAUUGCCAGUUGGACUAAAGCUACCAGAUCUCAAACAGUUAGAUCUCGGUCACAACCAGAUCACAGAUGUUGAAGAUCUGAAGUUGAAUUCAAUGAAGCUCGAGAUUAUAUCCCUGGAUAACAACCAGAUAACCUCUCUCAGAGAUCGGGCUUUUGGCGACCUCCGAGAAUUGAGGGAAGUGAGAUUGAAUGACAACCUAUUGACACAAGUAAAUCAACCCACUUUCCACAAUCUUGGCGCACUACAAACCAUACUUCUAGGUAAUAACAGGUUUGCGGAUGCUGCUAAAUUGAAGAUGUCACACGGCGAGGUUAGCAUGCUUGACCUCUCUCAUAACGCAUUGACGUCAUUUCCGUCAGAUAUGGUUUUCUCUAAAUUAGCCACCCUACUCCUGGCACACAAUGAUAUUUCCUCUAUACCGCACACGUCGCUCAUUGCCUCGAAAGCUGUACCCAAGCUUCAUCAAUUGGACCUGACUGGUAAUACCAUAACUCAGUUCAGUAUAUCCAAUUUCCCUGACAUGCAUACCCUGCGACUUUCUAGCAAUGGAAUUACGGAUUUGACCAGAUUCCAAUUCGCACCUAGCAAACUCAAGUUCCUACGUCUGGAUAAAAACAAUCUGACUAGCGUCACAACCAAUGUCUUCAAAGACAUAAGCACUCUACAGGGCUUACAACUAGAUGAUAACCGCCUGACGCACUUGCCUCCUCUCCCAAAGUCUCUCCAAUAUUUGCACGCGAUCCGUAACCGCAUCACGCACCUGGAUGGAGAGAUGUUCAAUCAUGACAACGGUCCAACCCUGGCUGAAAUACGACUAAACGGGAACAACAUGCAGACGAUUGCCAAUGGCGUUUUCAACAACAUGCUGAAUAGAGGGCCCAAUUCCGCUCUGAGACCAAACGUCAAUUUCACCACAUUUGAGCUCUUCAAUAAUCCGCUAUCGCUCUCAGCCGCUUGCCCUCUGGCUGUGUUAAACAACAUCGUGAACUGGAAUACCCAACAGACUGGUCUCUCUGACGCAAUAUAUUUGGACAAUGCUGAUGCUGAUGACUAUGCACUCCGGGCCGAGAUAAACAGAACUGCCACGUUGAAUCCGUGCAAGGACGUGCCCCUUGUGUGCGAUACGUUCGGACGCCUGGGCUGCCACUGCCGCAAUGACCCGCCGCCUCUACCAAGUGCCACCAGCAGUACUGGUGGCAGCAGCAGCAGCUCAAUGAUACCAGCGCUGAUGACGCCCGCUUACAACGGCACGACGUGCGUGGAGAAGGAUGCGUGCGGUGAUGCCUGCUCCAAGGCGGUGGACUGCAAGCCGGAAAGUGCCAUCCUGUCAAGCUUUACCUGCACGUGUUCAGAUAGCAAGGUACCGGAAGACGGAAAAUGUGUUGUUGUCACUUGUACCGUACCUAUUAUCACAAAUGGGCAGCACGCUGUACCGGAAAUAUCUUCCCAACAAAAGGCCAACUAUUCAUGCAGUGCUCAUCAUGUGUUAGUUGGAGAUGCACAGCCAGCAUGCCAGGCUAAUCGCACGUUGACUUCAACACCCACAUGCAAAGUUACCCCGACUACCGAAGCUCCCACUACGACUCCAGCUCCCACGACUACCGCAGCCCCCACUACAACUCCAGUUCCCACGACAACCGCAGCCCCCACUACGACUCCAGCUCCCACGACUACCGCAGCCCCCACUACAACUCCAGUUCCUACGACUACCGCAGUCCCCACUACAACUCCAGUUCCCACGACAACCGCAGCCCCCACUACGACUCCAGUUCCCCCGACUACUGUAGCCCCCACUACGACUCCAGCUCCCACGACUACCGCAGCCCCCACUACAACUCCAGUUCCUACGACUACCGCAGUCCCCACUACAACUCCAGUUCCCAUGACAACUGCAGCCCCCACCACAACUCCAGUUCCUACGACAACCACUGCCCCCACCACGACAGACAGUGUUACCAUUACCACUAAUAUUAACGCAACAAUGGCAGUCCCCACGAUGCCUCAAGUUGCCACCGCUAAUGAAAGCUCGGCUGCCACCACUAGUCAAACAGCAGAUACGGUUUCCCCCGGGCAGAAUUCAACCACACCUUCCUCUGGGCAGAAUGGAACCACACCAGAUGCGGGGCAGGUGCCACACGGGGGACAUUCGGAGAAUGGGUCCACGCACACCGCAGAAACUACCCAGGAAACCAAAACAACGAACGAAUCUACGUUGGGAACAAAGACUGAGCUUCCAUUCGUACCGCCCCACGAUAAUGUGUCCCGCACAAGCCCUCCGCCAGACCAAGAAGCAACAGCAACCAGUUCCUUCUCACAGCUUGAGAACGGCCCAGCAGUCACAGAUGACGGGAGCGCCUCUAAGAACACGAAAUCCUUCACCACGGUCAUCGCCUCAUGUGGUGCAGUGAUCGCCGUUGUUGUUGCCUUCAUUGUGGUGAUGGUGUUGCGGCGGCGUUCUCUUAACAUUCCCGGAGAGGCUGACAUGACCAUGGUUAUGGGGAAUAAGACGCAUCGGUUGGAUAGCAUGCACAGCGAGGAUGAGCUACCGACGUACCCAACGCACGUAUCCAGCAGCAGCGGUCAGUGGGAGCCUGCCUUCGAGCAGCGCGCCUCCACCGCCUCGGCGCCGAGCAUUUCCGAGCAGCCGCGACUCUCCAGCUCGGCGUCGACCUUGCCGUUUGCGCACAUGUCCUCCACGGCAGUGGACGCGAACAGUGUUGACAUCCUGUCUGUUCCCGCCCUCGGCAGUUACAGCACUACCGACCAGCUGGACAACACGAGCAUUAACGAGCAGCUUUCCGGCCACCCUGGCAACGAGUAUUCACUAUUUGUCCACGAGCAGACCGAAUACGACCGUGCUCUGGAAGCCAGUGCGGCUCGGUCCGGUUCCACCUCACGCCACUAGGUGAUCGCACCGCACCCCUGUUCCAAUCCUCUAAGCCCACGUCAUUAAUUUUAUCAAACUUGCAGAGUAGCGGUGUUGUCGCUUCUCUUAGCUAUGUUAAUUUUACCCGCGUACUUUCAUCUCCGUACAUAAACUACCCACCCUGUGCGUCAACUGCCUGUUUCUUGUGAUUUUUCAGGAACGUGACUGUUUUUAAACUGUCCCAGUUGUUGGCCAAUAUCUUCAACUGGUGAACUAGAUACAGCCAGUCCUGAAUUUUGAGUGGAUAGAGAAAAAAAGAACUUGAAGUAUAAUGUUGUUUGUGCUAAGCAGAGCAACAUGCUACAAUCGUAUCCCCGAUCCCUUGAUUUCUACGUCCCUUUGACGUGGUUCACUCAGUCUAACGUGUUUUUCGUUCUCUUCAAUUCGGUCUGAUAUUUACAAUUUCUUGACCUACCUGGCUGGGGGUGUAGUAGGAGUAAUGAGUGCGCACUUGAUUUUGUUCAAAGGUUUAUUUAAAAUGUUAUCAAUGUAUAAUGUACAUGUAUAUGUAAUUUGUCCGAGAUGCUCCAGUGUGACGGCAUGCAGUAUUCUGUACGAGGUGAUUUGGCUUUUUUAACAGGUGGAAUUUUUUACCAAACAUUUUACGUAUUUAAUUAAUGUGUAAAAUUUGCUUUUCUUCUGGCUGCUUCUCUGCUCCGGAUGGCUGUAUCGAAACAUGGGUGGUGGCAAAUGAGAGCCAGUUUA